AUGAGUCGCUUCACUGCCGAUUACUCCUCCAGCAUCAACUCUACUCCCGGCAGAGAUCCUCCUUCGCAACAGCGCAACAAUCAAUUCUUCUCUUCCAAUCCUUCCCAGUACCCCAGUACCACGCCUAUCGCUCCUCCACCUUCACAGAUCUUCGGCAGUUCAGGUCUCGGGACCGGUGUCUCCAAGCUGCAGUUCUCCCAACCCUCCAAAUCCAGUCGUUCUGGUCAACCAACUAGUCGACCUUUCCACACUUCCUUCGGUACCUCCCAAGCUUCAGAAUACACUGAACAAGAUGACGAGGAAUAUUCUGACGGACUCAUGGAAGAAGAUGAGGAAGACCAGAAUCACCAGACUAGGCCAAACCCGCCCGCUUUCCAGUCUGUGAAUAACCCAUCCAUGCGCUCUCUUAUGAAGUUCAGCACAAACAGCAGUAAACAAUCUAGGAAUGGGCCUCAUCGACGCUCACUUCGGGUCUCCAGACUAUCUGCGCUCCCACAAAAGGGCGAUGAGUCUAUAGUCAUCAAUCUCGCGCGAGAUCUGGGUUCACGGUCGGCACCAGCACCUCUAACCGAGCCCGACGAGGCCAUCAUGCAGACUGAAAAUGUAUUACGAUCGCUCGAAGAUCAGCUUCAGUACUUGAAGAACAGCAAUGAUGUUCAGGAGAUUGUCGCUGCCGCAUCCCGUCAUCUGCUCGCCCAAUGGCAGCGUUUCGCGGCGGCCGAACGACCUACUUUCGAAACUCCUGAUGUCGGCCCUCCCACAACCGCCUCUCUCAUGUCAAAGGCCAACUAUUUGGUAUCUCUGCUUCUGAUUCUCCGACAUCCACCACGAUCAGCGGAUGGUGACUUGACUCCAACACCCAAGAUCCUGCUAGACUGGUUAGAUCACUACCAUGUCUCCUACGAUGAACUAUUUCACAGUGUUGCUUCACACGACUCAAACUGCACCGCGAGUCCUAUCUUCUGGGGCGCAAUACAAAGUUUUAUCUUGCGAGGAAAACUACAAUUUGUCAUGCAAUUGUUUGCAGACGCCGAUUUCAAAUACGCCGCAUCUGCAGUUGAUGAUGGAAGUGAGACACCAGGGUACAAAGGCGCACAAUUGCAAUCUAUUCAGAGUGUCAUCUAUCGAACGCGCGUCCUAUUAAACUCCUGCCCAGCCAUUCAGAAUGGUGACUGGAAUGUCGCUGGGGUGGAAUGGGAUCUAUUCCGUACCCAGGUCGAGGCUGAGCUCGAGGCUCUAGAUGAUCUUGCGGCCAACCACGAUGAUGACGAUGACGACGCCUCUUUUGAAGCUGAGAGCUUUGGUAUCCGAAAACCUGGCAAUAAUCUCCUGACCAAGCUUGGUCGUCAGUCAACUUCCACCAUUCCGUGGUCCAUCUUCACAGGGUUGAAGAUUGUUUAUAACAUCUUACUUGGCAGUGCCGAGGAAAUUGUUGCCCAGUCUCAAGACUGGCUCGAGGCGGUGACGUCGCUGACAAUUUGGUGGGACGGAAAUGCAGAGGCGGCGGUAGCCCAAUGGAGUUUCGAUGUCAGUCGCGCCAACAACCUGGCUGAUGAUGAGGAAGAUAACGACAUCAAUCCAUACUUGAAUCGACUGAGAGGGGCUUUUCUAUCCGUCACCUCCCCAGAUAUCAAGAAUAGCUCCCUUAGGAUGAACACAAUGUCUCCAGUGGAAGUUGGUCUCGGGAGCAUCCUACAGGGUAACGUAACUGGAGCUCUGAUCAUACUGCGGACACUAUCUCAAUGUAUUGCGGCUUCAGUGGCUGAAAUUGGGGCGCAGGCCGGUUGGCUGGAGCACGAGAGUCAAGUUCGACCUGCAGGAUUGAAUGAGGAUGAUCUAAUGGUCCUGAGCUAUGGUGCACCAAAACAUGGUGUUAGCAAGGAUGACCUUAUGUUGGGAUAUGCCGAGGCCUUGUUUGACAAGCCCGAGCUAGCUGUUCACGAGGAGGUACCUGUGGAGGGGUGGGAAGUCGCCCUCUCGGUGGUGAGCAGACUUGAUGAUAGAGAGGCAAUGCACAACGCCGUCAGCAACUUCAUCGAUAAUCUCGAUGUCGUUUCCCAGGAUCGUGCGGAGAAACUUGCAGAGCUAUGCUCAGGGUUAGGCCUUAAGGAGGAAGCCCGAAAAGUAUCCGAUCGAUUUGGCGACUACCUCGUCAACAACACCACGGAAUAUGGUACCGCCUUGCUGUGCUAUGCCAGAAGUCAUUCAUCCAACAAGGUUCGCCAACUCAUCGAUUUGCUCAUUAGCUAUUCAUUGGUCCAAUCACGAGCAUACCCUCCAGACGAUGAAAUCGACGAUGGACUUCAAAGUUUGGUGGAAAAUCCACGCACGGCGCUUGCAGAUAUUGCAGAAUUCGAUGGUGAUGCGGCCGAAAUAUUACAGUUCUACCUCGUCGGCUACGCCUGUCUCCGACGAUUCUACUCACUGCGAGACGAGGGAACAGGGCCGCAGAAAUCGACGAAUUCAUCCGGGCUCAGACCUCUGGCACGUCGAAGAGCAGCCUCCAAAGCUCUCGUAACAGCCAUCAAUAGCGCCGCAGACAGUAUCUACGGAGGUCUCUACGAUCCCGAACGCCAAUCCGCCAUCCAAGUCGAUGGACUGCUCACGCUUCUGGGCGAAGCCACCGCUCUCCUCUCCACGAGCAGCACCAAUACCUAUAGCAACUCACCCGCCUUCACCGCCCCACAGAUCUACGAACUCCUCGCCGCCAUCGAGGAUCUCUCGACGGUCUCGUCGCGCGUCUACGACGCCACGGAAGAGUGCCUACAGGCCGCACUCCGCAACUUCCACGGCUCGCAGCCACCCAGCCCGCACGCGAUGCUCAAGAAAAGCAUGUCGUCGGGCACGGCCGGCACGAACUCGAACUUCAGCUUCAGCAUGAUGGGCAGCGAGAUGAUCAACACGAGCGCGAGCUCGAGCGGCGUGUUGGUUGGGAAGCCUGGUGGUAAAGCAAGUGGAACCACGGAUGGACAUACAAGGGGCUGGGACUGGCGCGCGAACUUCAAGGACAAAGGGAGCGAUGGGCGCGAUGUGGUCAGGGCGCUGCGGGUCGGCCUGGCCGCCGAGCUGAGUCUCGCGGAGCUGGAUGAAUGA